CUUCGGGCCUCGGUCGGCAGGUCCAAGGCGCGCAGUCUCGGCGCAAGAUCCAUGGCAGAAAGAACCCUGCGCCUCGCCACCAGCCCCUCCUAACCUCGCACACACGGGCUGGAUAUGCGGGAAGCGUUGCUCCUGCUUGUGUGUCUGGCCAGCCUCGGUCUGCUCUCGUCCCACCCGACCCUACACGCAAGUAAAAAUGUGGAGAGAAGCAGGUCGAAGCGGCAGCUCAGCGAAGUUGUGCGUCUGUACAAUGAGAUGGUCGAGGAAAAUCGUGUCGAGCGGAAGGAGGCGCUGGACAAGAUCAGGGUCAUCCUCAGCCGCGUCUUUGUGUCCAACAACGCCACGACGACCGCGGCGACUCCGAGCAACAACGGCACGUCGAGUAGCGACGACGACGAUGUGACGACCCCCAAGCCCCAGAUGAAGAUCGACCGCGUCAUGCUCCUGGCAAAUUUGCGACGCAACCUGCGUGGCAUCGGACGCCUCUUCAUGCGCGAACUAAACGCCGCCCUCUCACAAUCGCGAGACAAUUUCUACAUUUUCGGCGGACAAGUGCGUGACUCGAUUCGCUCGUUGUUCACUCGAGCGUCGUCCUCCGUGCAAAGCGACGCCUCCAAAAGCGACUGAAACACAUCUUCCUCAACAAACACUACUUCCCUUUUCACUCGGAGAGAAGCCAUAUAAUUAUAUAAUUUUAUUUUAUACGCACGAUUUUAAUUAUCUAAAAUCGUUUUACAAUUAUGUACAUUCAAAGAAGUUGAAACGGGUCAACCGCAAUCGGGGCCAAAGAGCCCUUUCCUUAGCCCUAUAAGCGUAUAUAUGAUUUUUUAUAAUCAUACAAAGCUGUUAGUUUGUUAAUAAUUUAUUUUGUGUGCGAAUAAAAAAAACCCAUGCCAAAAUU